GGACGGCGCCGCUACAAAGCCACGCCGCGCAGAACUAAUCUGUUGAUCGAGCGGCGUGAAGUGCGGCCGGAGACGAGAAGCAACAUGGCGAUUGUGUACAAAACGUAAAAUGAUGUGGCACCGCACAUCGAUUUUAUUUUAACCAUUUACGUUAAUUAAUAGAGUUUAGAUCGGUGCUAGCGGUCGGAAAAGUAUCGCCCGUGUAGUAGGUAUAGUCGGCCGGGUAUGAUGUGAACUGUCGCCCGGAGACAGAGCGGGCAUGUCGCUGGCUAGCUGGUCGCCGGUGGAGGACGAGCUGUGCGCGGGCUGCGGGCGCGGGCUGGCGGGCUGCGGGCGCCCGGCCUGCCGCCGCGCCUGCCCCGCCUGCGCGCUGCCGCCCGACCCGUGCUGCGCGCACUGCUGGUCCCCCGCGCCCCCCGCGGCCCCCGCGGCCCCCGCGGCGCCCGGCGAGGAGGCCGAGCUGCGCGCCGAGCUGCGGCGGCUGGCGGCGCGGCGGCGCGAGGCCGUGCUGCGCGCGCUGGACGCCGCCACCACGCUCAAGGCGCGGCUGGAGGCGGAGCUGGCGGCGCCCGACGGCGGCGACUGGGCGGCGGGAGCGGGCGCGGCGGCGCGGCUGCGGGCGCGGCUGGGCGAGGCCACGCUGCAGGCGCGCGUGGACGAGCUGGUGCGCACGGCGGCCGGGCCCCUGGACGCGGCGGCGGUGCGGCGCGCGCUGGCGGGGGCGGCGGGCGCGGGCGGCGCGGCGCAGGCCGACCCCGCGCUACUGCUGGCCAACCACUGCCUGGCGGGGCUGCUGGUGCGCGCGCUGCGCUCGCCGCCGGCGUCCCCCGCGGCGCCGCCGGCCGCGCUGCCGCGGUACUACUUCGAGCUGGCGGUGGGCGGCGCGGCGGCGGGGCGCGUGGUGGUGGAGGUGCGCGCGGACCUGGCCCCGCGCAUGGCGCGCAACUUCGGCGCGCUGGCGGGCGGCGAGCUGGGCGUGGGCUACCGCGGCUGCAGCGUGUUCCAGUGCUGGGAGAACGAGAGCGUCAUCACGGGCGACUUCGAGCUGAACAACGGGCGCGGCGGGCGCUCCGUGUUCGCGGAGAGCUACUUCCUGCCGGAGGACACGGGGCUGGCGGCGGUGCGCGGCGCGGUGGGCAUGCGGCGCUCGCAGCGGCGGCGCGACACGCUGGGGCUGGUGGGCUCGCAGUUCCGGAUCGUGCUGCGCGAGAUGCGCGGCUUCACGGCCAUCUUCGGCGCCGUGGUGGAGGGGCUGGCGCUGGUGGAGCGCGUGGCGGCGGCGGGCGACGCGGCCGGCAAGCCCACGCAGCCCGUCACCAUCGCCGCGUGCGGCCGCCUCUACUAGCCACACACACACACAAACACACAACGACCUGGCUCUCGUCUACAUGUACCUAGAUCGCGUUUCCAACGGACCAACUAUAUUUUCCCCUUCCGCAUAUUUUUGUAAGAAUUUCUAUGUAGUUAUUUACUGUCGUGUCGUCGGUGCGUUUACAGGGUCCGCCCCCGGCUUUGGCGGUCUUUAGAUUAUCUCGAUUCUCGUCGUUAGUAGUAGCGGGCCUAGAUGUUUGUUCCGUCGUGUCGGAGUGCGAGGCGCGGCUAUACGGUCGCCGGCGGCGGCGAUACGGUCGCGGGCGCCGCGUCUCCGUGUCGGUAGCUUAGGGUUAACGUUUUCGAUCGUCUUCGUGUGUCGAUGUUUGUUGCAGUAGCGGAACGGUAGCGGUCGUUCGUUAUCGACGUUAGGUUAAGGCAUAGUUAUAUUUACAAUCGACGUUACCUCACGAGAAACGGUAUUAACGGAGCGUAUAGUUUAUAUAAAGUAAUAUAUUUUUGCGAACGGAGGGAAGGGAGUAACGAGACUGUGAUGUAGGGUGAGUGCCUGACGGAGUAUAUUUACAGUAGUAGGUUGUAUCGAGGCUCGCGCGUGGUAGCGGUAAGAGGCGGACGAGGCGUGAUUUUACCAUUUUUAAGCGAAAAACAUGUAUAACGCAUAAUACUUAUUACGAUGUAAUAUGUUAAGUUUAUUUUUCUAUGUUGGCAGAGAUCGGUGUGAGCGUAGAGAAUUGUUGUCCUC